AUGCAUUUCAGACUGACGUACGCAGCAUUAUGGCUCUUGGCUGUAUUUAUAAAUCAAACCGUGAGUACCCAUCGUAUGUUGUACAGUUUUUAGAUUCUAAGCGAGGAACGUAUUGGUUUUACUAUGAUGAUAUAUGUGCAGUGUUUUUUUAAACACUUUUUUUUUUUAAAUUUGUAAACCACUUUUCUGCCAGACAUUGACCGAAAGACGACAAUAAUAUUUUGGAUUUAGUCGGGGUAUUGGAGAGAUCAUUUUUCGAUUUUCUAAGCGGUUUUCAUAAUAAUAAUUGAGAAAAAACGUAAACGUAAAACGAAUAUAAUAAUAUUUAAGACGGCGUUAAUUAUUACGUUAUUAUUUUAAUUUUUUUCGAUUUGGUUUUUCUAUCAGAAAUCUUGUAACGAAAUUUAUGUGUUGCAUGUUUUCUGAAAGAAAAUUUUGUUUAUUUUAUAUGCAAUAUAGUCGAUUAGCUUUGUAGUUUUCCUAAUAAUAGGGCAAAGUACGGAAAAAUUAAAAGGAAAAUCGGGAAAGUUUACGGGAAUUAUGGUUCAGAAGUAUUCAGAAUUAUGGUUUCAUUAUUUUCGAUUUUGUUUUGUCUGCAAAUGGGUUAAAAAAAUAGACCUUAAAUUUUUAUAGAAUACUUAUAUUGGACUUUUCUAGACGUGAUAAAAUUUUAAAAAUAUUCUGGCGAGUUUUGUUGAAUAAACAUGUUACAUUUUCGACUAUUUUUAGUGUUUAUUCGAUUAUUGUUUGAUCAAGCAGAAACUAUUGGAAAAUUCAACACAAGGUUCAUUUUAAGUUGUACUAAUAGUAUCAAAAAAACAGAAAAAAAGUUCAGCGUGAUGUGUAGUCAUUUUGUAUUUUAUAAGCGUUUUAAGAUCAAAUUUUGACGAAAAUCGUAAAAAUAACAACAUUUUAAAACUUGUAUAACUGAAUUUCGCUCAGAAUCUUUUUUUUUUAUUAACAAUGGUUUACCGUUACUCACAAAUAUGAGUUAAAUAACUUUAUGUAUCUCUCGUCUUCUCAACUUCUCACCUAAAACAGCGGCACGCCCGUCCUCGGUAUCAGCUCUUUAUUUGCAUUAACUACUAAAAGCUAUUUAUUUUUAUAUUCGUGUUCAUAAUUUGUCUGUUAUUUGUUUAAAUAUAGAUCUUAAUGAUUGCGGCGAAAGAAAAACACAUUGUGUAGUUUAAUUUAUGGUUUUAGUAAUCGUCUUAUUCUAGUUGCUUCAUAAAAAAUAUAGGACUGAGUUUAUUUGAGUUGUCGUAUUACGUGACUGUAAGGAUUGAUGUUACGAAAAAAAAAAAUAAAAAUAAAAAAUGAUAACAUUCCUACAUUUUUAAUCGUAUAAAUCAACUUAGUUAACAAUAAAACGUUUCAGACAUGCCAAGAAAAACCCGGAGGUGCUGCUAGCGGCGCUGCUGGUGCUGGCGCUGCAGGACACCCGUCUGGUGCCGGCACUGGUGGUGGUGCUGGUGCUGGAGGGGCUGGUGGUGCCGGUGCUGCAGGACAUGCGCCUGGUGCCGGUGCUGGUGGGGCUGCCGGUGCCGGUGCUGCAGGACAUCCACCUGGUGCCGGUGCUGGUGGGGCUGCCGGUGCCGGUGCUGGUGGGGCUGCUGGUGCCGGUGCUGGUGGGGCUGCCGGUGCCGGUGCUGCAGGACGCCCGCCUAGCGCCGGUGCCGGUGCCGGGGUCGGCGCUGCAGGACACGCUGGCGCCGGUAUGCCCGUAAAUUCCCCGUUCGCCAUGAGUGGUAUGAACGGGAUGCUUCCGUUCCCGUUCUUCCCGCCGUUCGCGUGCGACAUUGAAUGUUUACCAAUACAAAUGCCAAUACAAGUCGUCCAACAGCAGCAAGUCCAGCCAGUGGUGCCGGUGACGACGAGUAGACCAAGUAAUAAACCACGGGUUACAUCGAGUGCAGAUUUAUUAAAAAUAUAAUGUUAAGCGCGAUCGCGAAAAGCAACAAGUCGAAACGGCCGGUCUAUCCGAGUUGAGCGCCUAUCGGAUUCCGUGUUUUAUACAAUUUGUGUAAACAUUCGAUCGGUUCGAUGUUUUUUUUUCAUUUUGGAUUUCGGUAAACAUUUUCGGCAAACCGUUCACACUUUAGAUUCGGAGAGUAACGAGAGAUCUAUUGGUUUUACAAUGAUGUGUGUGUGUGUGUUUUUUUUUUUUUUAAUUUUUUUUUUCCCGCGCCCGCGAGCAACUUUUCGAGAAGAAACUCGCUCCAAUUGACAAAUGACAAGAGGUCAUCCAAUGCAUCAUUAUACAUAAUCAUAUGCAUAUGGUACAUUGAGGCGGUAAUUUUUUGAUUUUCCGAGAGUUUGUCAUAAUAUACGGGAAAAACUGGGAAACAAAUUAUCGGAAAAAUUACGGCGCUUGUCGAUUUCAUUAUUUUCCAUUUAUUUAUACGCAUUACGUUUUUUUACCGAAAAUUCACUAGCUUAAAUCAGAAAAAUGUCAUUACACAUAGUGACUGAGGGAAUAUGUCAUUUUUAAUUUUCUAAACAAUUUUCAUAAUGAUUGGGAAAAUCCGUAAAUGAAAAUAUUUCGUUAUUUUAAAUUUGUAUGAGUAUUUUCGUAGUAAUUUUGCUCCGAUGGAAUUACGACAAAGGACCUUUUUUUUUUUUUGUUGAAUUUUUAAUCUUGUUGGUGAGUAAGUAAGUCGUUUUUCAAAACGAAACCGGAUAAAAAAAAUAACGUAGAAAGAACGGAAAAGUCUACGAUAACAACGGUUUCGUUAUUUUCAAUUUUUAUUUUUUGUUAAAAUUGAUUUGAAAAUUGUUUAAAACAUUUUUGCGAGUUAUUUUGAGUUAUUUAUAAACAUUUUAAUUUUGCGAGUUUUUCACGUAAUUUUUAUUCGGCAGAUACAGAUUCGGUGUGGACAAAAUCGUCAGAUUAAACAGCGAUGUUUGAAAAUUCAACAGGUGGUUUAUAUCAUAAGUGGUACUUUGUGAUGGGGAAAUCGAGCGCACAAUGUAGUGAUUUUUUCCUAUAAUAUUUUUAAGAUCGAAUUUUGACGGAAACCGUAAACGUCACGGUUUUUCAGAUCGCGCGUUUAAACGAACCCCCUCUCGGGAUCGGUUUUCGCUAACGGACGAUUUACCGUGCAUUGUUUGUACUGGUCUUUUCGCGCGCGUCGUAUUGCAUGCACGCGUGUCUACCAGCAGACGGCGGACAUCUCGUGGACACACUGGUGUUCUAUCGAAUUCGCGGGACCGGCGGCCGCGGCCUUCCGUCGAUGCGUUUCGGCGAUUGAUUACAACGGGUGCCCGCGCCCGCCCGACUAAUCAGUACGUUAUUAUUUUCGUCGAAAUUCGUGUCGGCCGCCGGAAAGUUUUAUCACGGCAAUUCGCCAAACGGGAGCCGGACGACGGUUUACAAAACGGUGUUUUGCAAGUGUCAUUUCGUACGGACGUUUCUCUCGUCGGGCAUCGAUCACGCACACCACCACCACCCCCCCCCCCCCGGCGCGCGCGCGCCCGCAGUCAUCGCGCGUUCCGCCGACGGACAAUCGGAAAACGGCACCUGCACCUGCCCGAUCGGAACUUCGAUGCGCGCACUUCGAUUAAACGGGUACACAAUAAUAGAUUGCGUCUUUACCGAUUCCCGGUGGUUACGAAUGGCCGCGCGGUUAAGCGUUAGGCCGGUGUGCGCGGCCAUUAAAGGACGAAAGGAUGAUUUUUUUUUGAUUUUUCUUACCCGCGUAAAAUGCCAUCCGAAAAAAAUUUUAAACGACCCGGUGCACUGCGUGUAACACGCUGUACACAAUUCCACCCGCCUCAACAGCGAAUGGUACCUGUAGGCCAUCCAUUAUAACGGUAACGCGAGGUUUCAAUUAGGACGGGCAUUUUACCGGGAACGUUACGCGUAGUCCCCGUGUGUGACCCGCGGUUUUUAAAAGUAGAUUUUCGCAGCGAAUCGCGUAGUACGUUCGGUUUCACGUAACAAUCAUACGUUGAUCGAACGAAUCGGAAACGGCGCAUGUUUUCGGUGUGUCGCUACGAAAAAAAUCAUGCCACUCCAACUGUACGCCGUUACUCGACUGUUUCCACGUUUACGGUUUCAGCCACUCAUCCUCCGCCGACCACAACGCCGCCGCCGCCGCCGCCGCCGCCAACGACACAGCCGCCCAGGCCGGCGCCGCCUCCGGCAGUUCAACCGGUCGUACAGCCGGCCACGUACACUACCUCGCAGAUGUACAUGAUGUAUCCCAAUUGGUAAUAUACUCGGCGGUUUUUUCAAUACCGUGUUUAUCAUUGUUGUCGUCGUGGGUCGUGGGCGUUUUUCUUUCAACCCCCCUCCCCCCCACCCAGCCACGGUUGAAAAUGUGUACAACACGCGCAAUUUCAGCUACGCGUAAACACUAACGUGCGAUUUUUUUUACAUUUCUACCGGUUAAAGGCCCGCACUUUAAUGACGUUCGUGAAUCUGUUAAUUUAAUUUAAAACGCGUUAUUACCGACACUCACCAAUGAUUAAGUAUAUGGUAUGUGGAUACUGAUUCGAACGAUCGAAUACCACAUAAUACUUUAUUAAUGUCUCGGUUUAACAUUAGACCCGGGGUGUAUAUUUUCGACAAUGAUUAAUGUUAUAUUAGCUGCACGAUUAUGACGCAUUUCAGGUGUUCGGGUUGGUGUCGAUUUUUCUACAAACCGCCCCCGGUGUAUUACCAGCCCAACUGUCUUCUGUUUUCGUGGAUGGGAAUGGGAAUGGGCAUGCAGUAGUUUUGAUUUGUUUCCGACUGCGCGUCCGUUUGUACAGCCAUCAACGGAUGCAACAAUUGCUUUCGUUGACGAUAUACACCUAUUAUCUCCACACAGAUAAUAUUAUUUAUAAUACCUAUG